AGCAGAGUUUCCACCGAGCUAACCAAACCUACCAAAGAGAAAAUGCGUUCCUUCAUCCUGAUUGCCCUCUUCGCCCUGAUUGCCGUGGCUGCUGCCCAGGGAGGACCUCAAGAAGGACCACAGGGUGGACAGCAAGGUGGACAACCAGGUGGCCAGGAAGGACCUCAGGAUGGUCAGCAGGGCGGUCAACAAGGAGGACCCCAGGGGGGACAGCAGGGAGAUCAGCAGCAAGAAGGUCCUGGCGGUCCAUGGGGUCUGCCCCCGAACGGAACAGUCUCCUCCAACAGCACAACCUCAACCAUCGAGGCCAGCACCACUGAGGCCAGCUCCACAGAGGCUUCCUCUGCCUAGAAUAUAGCAAGAUCAUUAUCUGAAGCCAAUUUCGGGCUUGCUGCAGUUCCUUAUACUUAAAGUUAAUAAAAGUUAUUCGAAGAAAA